ACAAUUUGAAGUUUCAAACAUUAAUAAUUUGAAGAAAAAUUAAAAAGUUAUGGCUGCAAAAUUAUUUUUGGUCAUUUUGGCCAUAGUAGCAACAACAAACAGAAUUAAUGCAAUUGUUGUCGAUUCUGAACUAAAAUUGAUGAAUGAAGACGUUCGAAAUCAGACAGUAGAAGUGACUUCAUAUGCCGCAAAUGAAAAUCCAAAUACAUUAACCGAACAACGUGAAACUGCGACCAUUUUGAAGCACUAUGUCGAACAGUUUGAUUUGGCUUAUGAUGAAGAUUUAAAAAAUUUGGUUGCAAUUAUGGAAACUGCACGACAAAACGCUGAUAUCGGAAGUCCAAGUGCUUUAUGUUACAAAUUACAAUUAACUAAAGUGGAACCAGCUCGUGCAAAGGGGGUGGAACGUAAAAAGGAAGUUGACGAGCAAGUUGAUGAAAAAGUGAAUGAUUUGGUGGAAUCAACAAAGAAAUUAAUUGACGAUACUAAAUUGGAUUUGGAUGUCAAAACAAUUGUACAAUUGUGUAUGAAAAUUUAUACUGGAAUCGGCCAAGACAAAGAACGGUUACAAUGCUUCGAUGAAUAUGGUGCACAUUUAUCUAUUGGACAAAAAUCAAAAGGUGAAGGUUUAUUGGAACGUGUUGGAACAAUUCAACAACAAACAUUACGGAUUUCUGAUAAAACUGAUGAAAGUUUACGUGGGAUGUUUGCUAAUAAUCAAUUGGAUUAUACAAACUUAAAUCAAGAACAAGUUAAAUGUGCCAAUUUACCUGGAAGUAAUACCACUCCAGCACCUACAACUGCCCCUACCACAGCACCUACAACUGUCCCUACCACUACACCCAAACCUACAGAAGCUACCACAACUCCCAAACCACCUGCAGAAAAAUAACAAAAUUAGCAGUUUUAAA